UCGAGUCAAAACUAGACACAUUGCCCUAUUCCACUACUCUGGUGAGAAUGUAUAGCGACUCCGGGUGAGGUUGUAGUUUAAGUAUCACAGACCUAUUUCAUCCUUGACAGGGCAGUUCCACCGAAACGAUGCUUUCCAAUAGAUAUUUGUUCUGACGCCCGGUGGCCCUAUCUCAAUUGUGCGUGCCAAUGACAAUAGACGCAUUGAUCCUUCAUUUGCCACCUUACAUGGAUGGCUUAAGCGCCCAGAGAACUGUUCAUCUUAAAAUCCUUUUAUAACGAUGCAUUCCCGAUGGUCUCACCCUAAUCGAUUAUGAGUUCUCAUGGUCGCUCUACUCUACAACAGAUCUAUGAUGGCGAGCGAUCUCAUGUUCAGAAUGCUUCAAGUCCCACUUUUUGCGUUUCUUCUUUCCUUGUGCCUAGUAUUCCCCACGGUACAAGGUUGGAGAAACCUAACCGACAUUGAAAAUGCAUAUAAAGGCAUCUACUGGUGGACCGCCCUCAUGGAAUGUUCAGAUGAACACUUUGAUAUACUGGUUGAGUCUACCCGAAUGAUGUUAGAAUUGACCAAGCGGACUACCAAACCCAUGGACACACCGGGAUGGCAGCGUUUCUUCGCCGCAGAUCCGCCGGGAGUAGAGGGGUGGGCUCACGAGAAGCAUCGGACUCACUACCUCCAAGUUCAUAACGUUAUGACUCAAGUCAAUAUGUUCCCUCGCCUCGGGAAGGUUGGCGAAGGUAAUACUUCAGGGGAGCAUCAGGUUAGAUAUCGCUGCGCCUCUAAGCGUCAGUCUCCUUGUACUAACCCGGGAGUGUACACGUUUACUAGAAGGUCUAACCGUGGAUUGGAGAUGUUCUUCUGUGAUGGAUUCUUUCGCCAUAAGUACCUGAAUGAUAUAACAAAAGGCGAGAAGUUUCCUGUCAAAAGUUUACCUGGCCUGGUUAGCUACGAGCACUUGUUGGCCCACGAAUGGACUCACGUUGAUCUUCUUGGGUCUUCAUUCCAUGUCAUGGACCUAGAGGCGCAGAAUCCUAACCUUGGAAUCAAGUCAAGGAAGGUUGAAGGUGCUGAGUGGUCAAACAUCCUUGCAUGGUAUGGACAAAGUCUUCCAAACGUAGGCGUCAAGUAUAACGCGGAUAACUACGCCUGGUUCUGGACCAACAACUGGUUCAACGAAAAGUGGGGAUGGAAAGAUAACGGAUUAGAUCUCAGAUGGAGCCCCGAGAACGCGACCGAACCUGGUGGCCCUCACGACAUGGCCGGUCCUGGGCUUGGAUUUCUGAUGCCAAAGGAGAACCAAACCAAUGAACAGAGAAAUUGUCAUGCCGGAAAUGAUCCCCGCGAGGUGUUCUGUGACUAUCUUGGAGAGCCCUACAGCGAGUGGCUCAAGGAUCGCGAGAAACCCUUCACUUCAGAGGGAGGCUGUGAGCUGACGAAGCAAUGCUGGAACUCCUUUAGUGAGUUUGCGAUCGAUCCAUCUUGCGUUUGUAAAUGUGACGGUAAAAGAACUCCGCUGUCUGAUCCCAAGUGUGCUGGGUUUAGAGGAGGUCCUCCUGGAAGUCAUUCAUAUGCUUAGUUGACAUUGAGGGUGGUCGGCUGUCUUGUUUCUUCUUCGUCCCAUUUUUACCUUUUUCUUCCCUCUUUCCAUUUUUCUGAAUUCCUAUGACAGAAGCACGGCUUCACGGAUAAAUGUAUAAGUAGUUCAGAGUCGGUUACGUGUGAAAUAUAUACACGAUGCUCC